AUGGAGAGAAAAUAUAUCACACACCAGAAGGCUUGCAAGGGAGAGAAGCCAUAUCAUUGUUCUGAAUGUGGCAAAACUGUUACAAGCAAGAGAGAGUUUAUAAUACACCAAAGAGUUCACACUGGAGAGAAGCCAUAUCAGUGUUCUGAAUGUGAUAAAGCUUUUACAGAAGGAAGUCACAUCUUAUCACACACCAGAGUUCACACUGGAGAGAAGCCAUAUCAGUGUUCUGAAUGUGAUAAAGCUUUUACAGAAGUCAGAUCUUAUCACACACCAGAGGAUUCACACUGGAGAGAAGCCAUAUCAGUGUUCUGA